AUGGUUCACUUUUACAAAUCUAUUUCUGAGGACCUUAGAACAUGGGCGCUGCAACAACAAAUGUUUUUCAUCGCAUCGGCCCCUCUAAAUGGCCAACAUGUCAAUCUCUCCCCAAAAGGCCUUAUACAAUCCACUUUUCACAUCUUCGACUCAAAUCAUGCCGCGUAUCUGGACACUGCUGGCUCAGGCGUCGAGACAAUCUCUCAUUUAUACGAGAAUAAGAGAGCCACUCUCAUGUUUUGCAGUCUGGAUGGGAAACCUCGAAUCAUGCGACUGUUUUGCACUGGUUCGGUCGUUGAGAGAACUGAUCCAAGGUUCUCGGAAUUGAUGCAAUCUAUCGGCCAAGAAGGGGAUUUUCCUGGAAUAAGAGCAGUCAUUAUGCUGGAGAUAUGGGAGGUCCAAACCUCCUGCGGCUACGGUGUGCCUAUACUCGACCGUGAUUCUCACUCUCAACACUCAGAGGAGGAAAUGGCAGUAGAUUGCUGUUGCUACAAAGAACGCCCAACCCUCGAGAAAGCACUAGAGAAAAUGGUGAAAAAGGGUGGGAUUGAUGCAUAUAUUCGCGACAAUAGCAGACGAAGUUUGGAUGGCCUCUUAGGUUUGCGUGAAGCGAGAAAGAUGAGUGGAGAAUGGCUAUUGGUUGGCGAUAUCACUACGUGGAUAACUCGCCAGCUUGCACAAGUUCCUGCCAUUGCGCUUGGAAUAUUCAUUGGCCUC